UCGCGGCGUCUUAUGGAUGAAAGAAAUGGUGGCGCCUAAGCUAAAUUUUAAAACCCCACGGAGACGGCGGCUGCCCGGCCGUCAGGAAGAGCCGUGUUGCAUUGUGGGAAGAGGAGGUGCCAUCCGUCCAUCCAUCGCGGUGCAUUGUGGGAAGAUGGCGGCGCCCAGCUACAGGGCGCUGUUCGGGGCCCUGCACAGAUGGACCUGGGGAGCUUUCGGCGGUAGUGGCCACUGUCGGGGACUCUCCAGCUCGGUGGCUGCCGGGUCGAAAUGGAGGCUGCUGGGGGCGCUUUGCUUGCAGAGGCCACCCAGAGUGACGCAGCCGAUGAACCCGUUUGAGAAGGAAAUGGCUGAGCUUGUGGAGCAGAUGGACCUGGAGAAGAGCUUGUAUUCGGACCACGAGAUCCGCUGCCUGGCGGAGGAGGAGCGCCUGCAGCGAAAGAAAGAGAAAUAUGAUGAUGAUGAUGAUGGCGGGAAGGAGAUUGUGCUGGCCCAAGAUUUGGAAGAUGCAUGGGAGCAGAAGCUGCGCAAGUUCAGCCUUGCCCCACGGAUCACAGAUGCUGACAAGGAUGAUGAUCGGACUUCUUUGAACAGGAAGCUGGACCAGAACCUGCUGUUGUUGGUUAAACAGAAGAUUGGCAACCAAGAGUUCUGGAUGUUGCCCCAAGCAGAGUGGCAGGAUGGGGAGACCCUGCGAGCCACAGCAGAACGAGCCCUGGCUGAGCUGUCAGGAAGGCACUGGGAGGCCAAGUUCCUGGGGAAUGCGCCAUGUGGUUUUUACAAGUACAAGUUUCCUCGAGUGGUCCAGACAGACACCGGUGUGGGGGCCAAGAUGUUUUUCUUCAAAGCCCUCCUGCAGCACAGCCAACUGCCCUUGCCCAAGGGGAAACUGGACCAUGUUUGGGUCAGUAAAGAGGAGCUGGUGGACUACUUGAAACCUGAAUACCACUCCCAGGUUUCUCAGUUUCUUGUGGAUCUGUGAACAGCAAUAGCUGAGCCCUGUCCUGAAGCUGAUGGCGGCGGGGGCCGGGGGGGCGGAGCGGUGUGUGGGAGAAGAUGCUGCUGAGAUUUUCCUCAUCGCACGGUUGUCCCAGCCCAAAGAUCUCGGCAAGUUUUGAUCCGUGCUCAAUAAAAGAGCCCAAGAAGUGACUUGCUCUGUGUGUGUGUUAAACUCUUCUGUCCUCUUGGCAACAGCUGCCUUCUCCUGGUAGAAAGAUGAGCUUUUAAACUGAAAAUCAAUAAAUCCAAUAGGCAGUCCAGUUGCCUGGAGCGAAGGAAUUCCAGUGGCUCUUGGUAAAUUGGGAGAAUCUUCUUGAAGGAGAGUGAUGAUGGUGUGGCAGCAAUUGCCCCUCUGCCUGGCUUCCCUUUCCCUUCAUUCCAUACAGCUUAACCAUAGUGGCGAGAAUGCAUGGUACCUCCAUUGCAAUGCCAGGUUUAUAUUGUGCAUUAAACAAUAAUGAUAAACAUGGUCUAAUGUUGCAGACAGAAAAAAACAACAACCGUGAACAUCAGACCACAACGUUUCAACAAACAACUUGUAAAUCCAAUGAAUAAUGUCUAUUUGACGUGCAUACAAAAUGCCGUUUCAAUAAGUCAUAAAGAGAAUUCUUUUUUAUGCAAUGAAUAA